AAAGCUGUUCAACUGGCCCACGGCGCCCUAAUUUCUGCCGUGUACAACACAAUUGCACAGAAUUGCCAUCCCUGACCUCAAGCACGAGACUUGCCCAACGCAACACCCAAGAUCCUGUGUCUUCCGAGCCCCCUAUGGCCCCAUCGUUGGAUCCCUCUAUCCGGGAGGCUGCUAUUAAAAAGCAAAGCAAUGGACCUCCAUUCAAGUUCUUGGUUCCCCUCGUCUAUGCUCCAAUUCUUCCUCUCAUCCGAAUCUCGCUGCGUAGAAAUCCAGUUUUAAGGGACCGUCUGUUCAGUGCUGUGCUGGCCGGUGCUUUUGCCCAUGGCUUUUACUUGGUAACAGAUUUAUAUGACGUCGAGAGCAAGUGAAUUUGCUUGUGGACUGAGCAGUCUGGUUUGCUGCUUCAACUUACAUUUUUUGUUGGUUCAUAAAUUAAAUAGCAGCUUGGUAUUCUUGGAAUACCAUGGAUUACCUUACAAAAAUUUGAGUUUGUAUUCUUGUCAGUUUUGAUUAUAGAAUGUUAACUGCUUCUUUUGCCCAUUUUUCAGGGCCAAGUUUUUAUACUUGCAUUUUACAACUGUAUUGUUUGAGAGAAAUAAUUACCGGAUGAGGAAGCUUCUCUUUUUAAGUGUAAGAUGUCAUGUUAGAGUAUGGGGGAAAAAAAUUUUUGGCUGUGUUUUUGACAUCUGAAGCCAAGAACCUUGACAUUAGAAGCUUCAGAAGAUACUACCCAUUAGGAAAAUUGAGUUGAGUCUGUUAUCAACGUUUUAGGUGUAAUCUAUGGACUUCAUAUGAUGGUCAAUAUUAUGUUUACUUGGUAGGGCUUAUGAUUUCUAUUA